AUGAAAACUCUGAUUUUUGCAUCAAACUCAUCUUUCUAUUUUUUAAAACAAUCUCCAAUAUUGAAACAAAAAAUAUUUCCAAAUUUUCACCCCAAAGGGCUCUUCAACAUUCCAUUAACCACAUUGAAGACGCAAGCUAGUGCCAAAGGCUUCUCCAACACAAGACCAACAGCAUCAUCAAAAACAAAUAAAACUAAGGAUGAUGUCAUCAUGACUAUGAAGAAGAAUCCCAAGAAUAAUGAUGAUGAUGAGAUUACUGAGGUAGUUAUGUAUAGAAUAAUAGGUAGAAUAUUGUUUAGUGUUUUAGUUCCAAUGGGAAUAGGGUUAGGAUUUUUGCAUCUUUAUGGUGAGUUAAAGGAUAGAGAAAUAUGGAAUGCUCCAUUAUGGAUACCAUUUUUGACAACACUUAUAACAUUUGGAGCUUCUGCACUUGGAAUUGCAUAUGGUGUAUUGUCUACUAGUUUGGAUGAAGAAAGGGAAGGUUCUUUGCUUGGCUUUCAAGAACUUGAAAAAAAUUGGGUUGAAAUGUGGCAACAAGAGAAUGUAAGUGAUGAUUAA